AUGCAGGUGGCUCGUGUUCGCUCCGUCGUCGGGAAAAGCCUGGUCAAGUCUCGGCCGGCCGCCUUCACGCCUCACACUAGACUCCAGCUCACAAGGAGAACUGCUUCUACGGAAUCUGCACCUCUUGCACCCCCUCCCCCUCCAAAUUCUCGCUUCUGGAGGCGUUUCUUGCAGACAGUCGGUGGAGUGACCCUAGUGACAAUUGGGAGUCUCGGUGCAUUCUACUACGUCGCGCAAAAGGACAAGACUCCAGGUGUACAGCUGCCUCAUGACCCAGAAAAGAAGACACUCGUCGUUCUCGGCAGUGGGUGGGGUGCGACAAGCUUGCUGAAAUCGCUCGACACGACAGACUACAACGUGAUCGUCAUCAGCCCCAAAAACUACUUCCUGUUUACUCCGCUCCUACCCAGUGUUGCGGUCGGCACGCUCAACCCACGGUCCAUCAUCCAACCGACGCGAUAUGUCACACGUCAUAAGACGCGACAAGUCUCCGUGAUUGAGGCCUCCGCGACGGAAGUCGAUCCUAUCGCGAAGACUGUCAAAUUCGCAGACACCUCUGAGAUUCAGGGUGAGGUCGCGGAGACGUCAAUCAAGUACGACUAUCUCGUGUUCGCCGUGGGUGCCGAAGUACAGACGUUCGGAAUCCCUGGUGUGAAAGAGCAUUCAUGUUUCAUGAAAGAACUAGAGGAUGCUGAGAAAAUGCAACGGCGGUUCCUCGACUGCCUGGAGUCUGCCGCGUUCCCUGGCCAGUCGCAAGACGAGGUCAACCGUCUGCUCCACAUGGUCGUUGUUGGGGGUGGUCCUACCGGCGUUGAGGUUAGCGGUGAGAUUCAUGACUUCCUCGAGGAGGAUCUGCGCUCGUGGUAUCCGGAGCUCGCGAACAGCGUGCGCAUCACGCUGGUAGAGGCGCUCCCGAGCGUGCUGCCCAUGUUCAGCAAGCAGCUGAUCGACUACACGGAGUCGACAUUCAAGGAAGCCAAGAUCGACAUCCUCACGAAGACGAUGGUGAAGGAGAUCAAGGAGAAGAGCGUUGUACUACAGCGACCUGACAAAUCAAUUGUGGAAGUACCGUGUGGCCUCGUUAUCUGGGCUGCUGGCAACAAGCUCCGCAAGGUGACCCAGGAUCUGAUGGCCAGGUUGCCCCAGGCACAAACCAACAGGAGGGGUGUAGCUGUCGACGCCCACCUCCGCAUGGAGGGGACGGAUAGCAUUUGGGCGAUCGGAGACUGCGCAGCGACGUCGUAUGCACCGACGGCGCAGGUGGCAUCGCAGCAGGGAGCCUACUUGGCACGAAUUCUCGCGCAGAUCGCUAAGCGUGACAACCUAGAAGUGCGACUCAAGACGCUGCAGGAUGGGCCACAGACGGAGGAGACCAAGCCAGAAAUAGCGAGCAUCGAGCGCCAGCUUGUGAAGACGGAAAAGCUGCGGCCGUUCCACUACUCGCAUCAGGGCUCCCUAGCGUACAUUGGAUCGGAUAAGGCUAUCGCCGACUUGCCUUUCUUCAAUGGCAAUCUUGCAACGGGUGGUGUGGCAACGUUCCUCUUUUGGCGAAGCGCCUACCUCAGCACUCUCUUCUCCCUGCGAAACCGCACUCUAGUUGCGACCGACUGGAUUAAGGUCAAGCUAUUCGGACGUGACGUGAGCCGUGAGUAG